AUGAAAGACAUAGUGAAGAAUUGUUAUUUCACUACAGAUAGAGAUUUAUUGAACAACUUCAGUGCGUUUGACGCCAUCAUCUUCAGUGAGAACAUUCUGACGUCCGACAACAGGCCGCGGGAGCGGCGGCGCCCGCACCAGAUAUUCGUGUUCAUGUCGAACGAAUCUCCUUACAAGUUCCCAGCGUGCGAAGUAUACAACGACGAUUACUUCAACUGGACGUUCACGUAUCGUUUCGAUUCCGAUAUAUUGUGGAGGCCUAUCGUGGUGCGGGACAUCUCCGGCGACAUCGUGGCACCCUCUACAGACGUUGUUUGGACAACGAACUCCGCUCCCCUCAGUUCAGGCGUAAUGUCCAUGCUACGAAGCAAAAUGAGAGCCGUUGUCUGGAUUGUAGACGAUUGUAGUUUUGAGGGUUUUGACUAUCUUCUGAAGGUGGAAAAAUAUCUUCGUCUAUUAAAUGUUAGAAUGUACAAACACAUGCGUUACAAAAGGAGCAGUAAUUAUAGCGAUAUUCUGGCUCAUAAUUAUCAGUUUGUCUUGGCGUUUGAAAAUUCGAUUGUUGAAGACUACGUGUCGAGGAAGGUCAUGGAAGGUUUCAGAAACUAUGCUGUUCCUGUUGUCUUCGGAGGAGCCAAUUAUAGCAGGUUCUUUCCUCCAGACUCCUACAUCGAGGCUUCCAGAAGGCAUCACUACAACGUAGCAUAUGCAAUAUACCAUGCAACGCAGAGCCAGGAGGCUUACGAAAAAUACUUCAGAUGGAGGAAGGAUUAUUCAAUAGACGAAGACAACUCCCCCCUGUGUGACCUGUGCGCAGCGUUGAACAGCGACCGAGCCAAGCACGCUCCUGCUAAGAAAACAUUCAGGGAGUUCGCGAUAUAG